AUGUCGGCACCCAACCCCAGAAAACGAGCGGCUCCUGGUGCAUCGCCCAUGAUGCCUCUCCCGCAGCAGAUGCAGCAACAAUACAACGCGGGGAAUGCAGCCAACGACCAGAUACUACGAUGGAAUGGCUUGGGCGAUACUUCGGGAUUCGUGAACGGGGUGGAUGGGCUGAUGGAUGGAAAUGGCCAAGUGGGCAACUUUGGACUGGUUCCGGCGCAGCCGCAGUUUCCUCAGCCUGUGCCGACACCUUCAAACUCACUUGCUCGACGGCAGAUGAAUCGGGCGCUGAUCCCAACCAAUUCCCGAGCAAAUUUUGAUGGUUCUGUCGAUACGUGGGGAAACUUUGUUGGAGACGAGAAUGCCCUAUUGCAACAGAAUUCUGGCGAGAACAUGACUGAGCAGGACAACAUUGAAUUGCUGGAGGAGAUGGCACAAAAAGCCAAGAGGGAGGCACAAGCAAAACGCAAACAAAUCCCGCCGUUUGUGCAGAAGCUGAGCAGCUUUCUUGAAGAGCGGAAGAACGAGGACUUGAUUCGGUGGUCGGAAAAGGGAGAUUCCUUCAUCGUGCUUGACGAAGACGAGUUUGCCAAGACAUUGAUCCCCGAACUGUUCAAGCACAACAACUAUGCAUCGUUCGUCCGCCAACUCAACAUGUACGGCUUCCACAAGCGUGUCGGGCUCUCGGACAACUCGAUGCGGGCUAGUGAACGCAAGAACAAGAGUCCUAGCGAGUACUCUAACCCCUACUUCCGGCGAGGCCAUCCCAACCUUCUGUGGCUCAUCAACAAGCCCAAGAGUGGAAGCAAAGCAAAGAAGGGAGCUAAGAACGCUGAGGGCGAAAAUGACAGUGAGGAGGAGGUUGGGAACGAGGAGACGCUCGGUCAAGGGCUGGGCUCUUCCAACCCACAGGCGGCACGAUCCUUGCCAGCUGGGGCCGAAUCGCAGCCCUUGCCGAAGAAGGAGAUGUCAUUGAUACGAGACGAGCUGGCCAAGGUACGCGAGCAACAGAAGUUGAUUCUCGGUGCCAUCAACCGGCUGCAACGCAACAAUAACGACCUGUACAACCAGGCCGUCAUGUUCCAGACCCAGCACGACCGUCACCAGAACUCGAUCAACGCCAUCCUCAACUUUCUGGCCAAUGUCUUCAGGAAAACAUUGGAGGACCAGGGCAACUCGCAGAACGUGAGCGACAUCAUAUCCAGCAUGAUCACAAACCAGGGCCAGCAGCCUGCACAGCAUGGAAGCGUGGUUGAUCUGGGAGAUUUCAUUCAACAAAUGGAUCCGACAGCGUACAGCACGCCUCAUAAGAAGGCCCGUGGACUGCUUCCUCCAAUCCCGAACCAGAACGGCCGAUCGCAGUCAGCAAGAUCAUCAUCAACUCCGACCUCGAACUAUCAGCCCGUUGGUAUUAGCCAUCACAAUCCAGAGAUGGGCCACGUCACUGAACUAGUUGAGGGCUCACCAACGGACACAACCUCGCCCAGCCUUCGACAAGAGCUCGAGACAAACCCCCAUGAGCAGAUGAUGAAGAUCAUCAAUGAUCACAACGCAACAAACACGCACGGCCUGGAUCUUCCGGAGGCGGCUAAGCUUGUCGCAAAUGCACCCAACACUCUAAGCAACGACCAGCGAAGCAAGCUAGUCAACUUCAUGGCUGGUCAAUCUUCGUCUGCGCCCUCUGCCAAAUCCACCCCUGCCGCAACUCCUAUGUCUGCGGCCUCGACUGUUCCUCACAUCCCUUCUUCCAACCCCCCGCCGAUGACGAUGCCAGCUAUGCCCCCAUCAGCCUCGGUCUCGCCUCCCGCCGCCGAAGCUCAUCCUCCUCCGUCACUGUCCCCUAUCAUGCAACCGCCCAUGGCGCCGCCUUCUCUGAACGAAAUCAAUACGAACCAGGUUGACUUGGAGCAACUGCAACGCCUGCAAAGUGAACAAGACGCCAAGAUCAGCGAGCUGGGCAACCUGCUUGGCCCGCUAAGCCCAUCCGGACACAUCCCUGGCCUCGGUGAAGGCGAGUCAUACUUUGACCCCCCACCGGUAGACCUUGAUCAGUACUUUGACAGCAACGCUUUUCUCAACGACGGUCAUUUCGGUGGUGACGGCAAUGAUUUCAACUUUACACUCGACACGGAUCCGACUCACCAGAACUCAUCGCUACACCCUGGACAUGCAAUUCCGCACGGUGGAAAUACCAACACUCCUAGCCCAGCAGGGACUGAAGAGAUCCUUCGGGAUGACUUGGGGUUAGACGGUACUCCUGAGCGGGUGUCCAAGCGGCAAAGAGUUGGCUAG